AGACCUUUCAUUUCACUGGAAAAAAAGAACAGGAGAAACUCUUCAGACAACACUUGGAUGUAUCCUUGACCACAAGAACUAUUUAAUGCCUACAACUAUAACUUCCUCAGCAGAACUUUUUUAUGAAGUUCUGAGAACCUUUAACCCUGCAUGAACAAAGCUGUGGACUGAUGGAGCCAGAACACUUGAUUGGAAGACUUCCUUAGCCUGGACUUUUACUAUUCUAAAAGAUCUACCAGUCUUAAUUUGAGGUCCUAAACAUGGCAUUUACCCUCUCUUACUCAAUACAGACCACUGCUGCUAUAGCAGCGAUCAUUACCUUUCUCAUCCUUUUCACCAUUUUUGGAAACUCUUUGGUGAUCAUAGCCGUUCUGACCAGCCGUUCACUGAAAGCUCCGCAGAACCUCUUUCUGGUAUCUCUGGCUGCAGCAGACAUCCUGGUGGCAACUCUGAUUAUUCCAUUCUCUUUGGCAAAUGAGUUAAUGGGAUAUUGGUACUUUGGGAAGACUUGGUGUGAGAUGUAUUUGGCCCUGGAUGUUUUGUUUUGCACAUCCUCCAUAGUGCACCUGUGUGCCAUUAGCUUGGACAGGUACUGGUCUAUUAGUCAAGCCAUUGAGUACAACUCCAAGCGGACUCCUAAGAGGAUAAAGUGCAUUAUUCUAAUGGUCUGGACUCUAGCAGCCUUCAUUUCUUUGCCUCCGUUAAUCUACAAGGGCAAAAAGGAAGACCACAAAAAUGAGAAACCUCAAUGCAAGCUGAACGAGGACCCUUGGUAUAUUUUGUCCUCCAGCAUCUGCUCUUUCUUUGCACCCUGCCUGAUCAUGAUCCUGGUGUAUCUGAGAAUUUAUGUCAUAGCAAUACGUCGGAGCAAGAAAAACAAGGCUCGCAAAGAACUCCCCAAACAGCCCUGUUUCUCAAUUGACUGUCAGACUAAAUGUAGUCUGGAGAACUUACCCGUUCAAACUUGCCCUACUCCACAGGAGAUGCCUGAUAGCGACCUCCAUUAUGGUGGUAACCGAUCCCUGCCAGCACUGUCUAGCAAAGUCAAAGAAACAAAUGGCCAUGGGCCUGCCAUCAUGGACACUGUUGUUACAGCCAAAGGGGUUGCUCUGCUGCCAAAAAAGUCACGAGAGACAGUCUCUAUGACAAAGAAGAAAAGCCACAUCAACCGGGAAAAGAGAUUCACCUUUGUCCUGGCUGUGGUCAUUGGGGUAUUUGUCUUGUGCUGGUUUCCUUUCUUCUUCACAUACAGUCUAGGAGCCAUAUGUCCUGAGUUGUGCUACAUCCCACAGAGUCUCUUUCAGUUCUUCUUCUGGAUAGGGUACUGUAACAGCUCACUCAACCCAGUUAUCUACACCAUAUUCAACCAAGACUUCAGAAAGGCUUUCCGUCGGAUUCUUUGUAGCCAUUGGACGCAUUCAGUUUGGUAAUGAACAGGUUGCUUAGAACUCUAUUUAUUAAAGUCUAACAAGCAGAGAUAUUGGUGUAUAGAGAGCUAGAUGUGGGAUAUACUAGAAAAACCAAAUCCAUCCCUACUGCAAUCUUGUGUUUACUGAUGCUGGAAAUAAUGCUUUUACAUUUAUAUAGUCUGCCAAGCGGAGCUUGGUCAAAUAAAACCAUUUACAUGUGUGAUCCACAUCUGGUUUUGCAAGUGGUUAAGUCUAUUCAGUAUAUUGCAGUCGCUUCACAUUUUAUAAAGAACAUUCAGUGUACUCAAGUCUAUCAAGCUAAACUACCUUAGUUAAAAUUUUACUCUUCAUGAUCUACACCUGUCCUAAAACAAAGACCUUUUUGUCCUAAUGCAGCAGAUUUACUUGAAGUUCUGUUCUACUGUGGCAGGCAAAACAGUAACUGGUUAACUCUUUGGUGUGGCAUCAUUUUUUCUGUGCUAUUGGCAUAACACAAUGUAGUCUAACGUGGACUCUCUAGUUGGUGACAUAGUCAUGAUAUGCCUCAGAUCUCUGAAGAAGGUGGUAAUCCUGUCUAUGAACAGACCUAUAUCUGAUUAUAAAAGACAAAAAAUAAUCUCACACUCCAACUCUGC